CUUAAACUCAGUGUCUUUCAAAAGCAGUGGCUUAAGUGAUUGUGUGUCCGAAUGAUCAGUGUUGGAGAGGAAGAUAUCGAUGAGGAAGCCCAGAGAGGAGCUGAUAGAGCGAGGGUUACUGAAGGACGUCCCAGAGAAUGAGCGUAAUGACGUGAAUCACAAAGCUCCUCCAGUGAAGAACGGCCACACUGCUCCAGUGCCUGGAGAGCGCAGGUCAGACACUGGAUCAGAGGUCAAGGCACCAUCUUCACGGCCACAAGGAGAAGAACAACAGAGGAACAGCCUCGCACCUGAACCGGAGCGCCGCAACCGCGCUCCCUCCGACGUCAGUCGCAACCGUCAGCCGCUGGACGUGGACGCUCGGAUGCGGUUACCGCCUGAAACAGACCGACGCAGCCGACUGGAGUCAGACGUGGAGAGACCAGCAGGAUCGUUACCGAGAGAAAGACAAGGACAGGAGGAGGGGCGUUAUCGGCGGGAGGAAAGAGACGAGAAAGCGAGUAGGGACAGAGAACGGCGGGAUAGAAAAGACGACAGGGAAGGAAGAGGCGAACGCAGAGAUGACAGAGACAGACGAGACAGGAGGCCGGAUAAAGAAGACUGGCACGGAAAAGGUGAGCGAGAUGAGAGGAGGAAUGACAGAGAAAAGCGGGAAGAGAAAGACUGGAGAGAAAACAGGGACAGGAAACAGCCACGAGACCGGAAAGAGGAUCAUGAAAGACGGGAUGAGCCAGAGAGAGUAGACGAGCGAGAGCGAAAGGAGCAGAAUGAGAGGAGGGAAGACAGGGAAAGAAGAGAGGAGCGGGAUAGACGCGAGGAGAGAGACCGAAAAGACGAGAGAGAAAGGAGAGACGUCAGGAGGCCAGAACCCGUGAAACAGGUGUCUGAUGGGAAACUCUUCCGGCCUCAGUCAGAACAGGACAUGCGGCCCAUUCUUCAGAAGAGCUCGUCUGACAUUGGACAGAAGGUCCGGCCCGUUUCAGAGGCCGUCCAGAGCAGCACACUGCCACGGCACACACCUGCAGAGGAGGAAACAAGGGCACGGACAGGAUCAGUGGGUGUGCGGUUUGUUCCUGAGCCCAAACCUGCACCAAGUGCCUCCAUUAAAGACUCCCAGCUGCCCUCUAAACAGGCCAUUCUCCCUCCCAAAUGGCUGAUGGCUUCCUCCUCCUCCACUGAGACUGCUCCAGUCCCAUCCUCCUCCUCUUCGUCAUCAUCGUCAUCAUCCUCAUCCUCUGCUCCCCCCAUUGCUAAGCCUCCUCCUCGGACUGUGUCUUUAAAUGUAGACGACUCCUCCCGAAGUAAUCCCAUUCCUCCCGUAACAGCAGGAGACCGUGACGCUCCGCCCAUUGUGUCUGCCCACUCGAAUCCUCCCACUGUUCCUGCCCACUCUGCCCCGCCUACUGUUUCUGCCCACUCGACUCCGCCCACUGUUCCCGCCCACUCUACCCAGCCCGCUGUUUCUGCCCACUCGACUCCGCCCACAGUUCCUGCCCACUCUGCCCCGCCCACUGUUCCUGGCCACUCCAACCCUCCUGCCCCUACUGCCCCUAAACAGCCGCCAGUGCCCCCUCCCAAACCCGCCCAUCACAACAGCAACACUGCACUGCAAGCUUCAACGUUACAAAGAUAUUACAAAGCUCCACCUCCUCAGUAUUGGACGAGCUGGAGACGGCAGGCAGAGUCUGGAGUCUAUCUCUCCCUGCCCAUCUACCUCAGCCACAGGGGCGCUCAGCUCCGCCCAGUGGAUCCCUCCCAAGUCCCGAUCCCAGUCAAGCGAUCUCCUCCCAUUCCCCCAAAGAGGAUGACUCCUAUGACCAAGCGCCACUCAGACGACUCUUCGGCCAAUCACCCUGAGCCUCCGCCCCCAGGCCCCGCCUCCAUUCCGGUCCCAGCCCCAGCUUCUGCCCCGCCCCCUGCCCAAUCAGACAACAGCAAAAACUCAGAAGCACUCUCUCCUCCACCAACCCAUAUCCCUCCAUCCCCUCCCCGUGCCCACCCGCCCCCUGAGGGCCCACACGUGGAGCCCCCCAGCCCCACCACAGAGCCGCCCUUACCUCUGCACAUACGCAUCCAGAGAGCCUUGAACAGUCCUGGCCCGGUCCAGCCCAAACCGGAAGGAUCCCAGCGAGCUCAUUCGCUUCUGUUUGAGUCACCACCGGACUUUCUGGCUGACGCCCCAGGAGGGGGGCGAUACUCUCUUCCAGUCACUAUCGAACCUCUGCGACUGCCUGAGGAUGAUGAUUUUGACAUUGAAGAAGAGCUGCAGAAGCUGCGGCCCGCCCCUCGGCCCACACUCCAGCUGGAGCCGCGCAGCCGCCGCGGUCUGGUGGGAGACCCACGGGUCACUGUCAUUCCUGAGGACGCGGGGCAUGGGAACAGCGACGACGACGAAGAGAGCGAUUCUGAUGGACCCAUCAAUUACAGAGAUGAUGAUGAAGAUGAUGACGAUGAGGAGGAUGUUCCUACAAGUGGGCUUGCGAGCCGUGUGAAGCGUAAGGAUACUCUGGCUCUAAAGCUGGAGCGUCAGCAGGAGAAAGAGCAGUCUCAGGACCAGGAGAGCAUCACCUGGAACAACAAAGAGCAGUGGAAUGCUGUCCGCAACAAGAUCGGCACCACCCUCACAAGGAGGCUGAGUCAGAGACCCACCGCACAAGAGCUUGAGCAGAGAAACAUCCUACAAGCCAAGGAUGAAGCGGACCGACGGGCAGAAAGGAGUGAAAUCAAGCGCAGACUGACCAGAAAGUUGUCCCAGAGGCCUACGGUGGCUGAGCUGCAGGCCAGAAAGAUCCUGCGCUUUCAUGAGUAUGUGGAGAGCACUCACGCUCAAGACUACGACCGGCGCGCCGACAAACCCUGGACCAAACUCACACCUGCUGACAAGGCGGCCAUAAGAAAAGAGCUGAAUGAGUUUAAGAGCGCAGAAAUGGAAGUCCAUGAGGACAGCAGGGUAUACACCAGGUGAGACACUUUUAACACUUUCUUAACUGGAAUAAGUUACUACACGCAAGAAUAGUCUGAUUUUAAAGGGAAUUUGGUCAGAUACUGAAGAAACACC